AUGAUUCAAAGGGGUAAUGACGACAAGCAGGCUCCCAAGAUUCCUACAAAGACCAUUGGCGAAAAGUUCAAUGAUGGUACCGAGAAGAUCAAAUCCUUGUACUCUAUCGCUCGCAUUUACAAGGUGCCCGAAGAUCUUCGAAAGCUCAAUGAAUGUGCUUACGUCCCUCGCCUCAUUGCUAUUGGCCCUCUUCACCGGAAGGGCGAACACCUCCAAAAACCUAUGCAAGACGUCAAAAUGGAUUAUGCCAAUCGCCUGUUUCUCCGUCUGGCCGAAGGAAUAGCUGACUCGAAAAUUAGGGAUGAGAAAAAAGACAAGUUGAUACAAGAAUGUGUAGAGGAAAUGAAGAAGUGCACAGUCAAGGCCAAGAAAUACUACGCAGAAGAUAUAGAGCUGAAUGACGACGAGAUGGUGGAAAUGAUGUUGGUCGAUGGUUGCUUCAUCCUCGAACUUCUCUACGAGAUGGUUCAUAAGGACUCGAGUAGCAUUCGGCAGCCUAUUAAUGGAGGAAAACAACCGAGGGCAGAUCCUAUUUGCGAUAGCAUCUUGACAGCCAACAUCGUUAGACACGACUUGAUGCUCCUCGAGAACCAAAUUCCUUUCUUUGUGCUCGAGCAUUUGUUCCAGCUCACAGUGGCUAAGAUCCCUGUGGAUCCGACCAUGGUGGCUAAGAUCCCUGUGGAUCCGACCACGGGGUGUCCCCCUAAGUUGUCCCUCGAAGUUUAUGUCCGUUCGUACUUUUCCCAGUUUUUGAGUCUCGAGGGCGGAGUCGGCGGACAAUCUAGCGACCACAGAAUCCUUUCGGUUUGUGAUUCUACAAAAGAAACUAAACAGGGAAAGACAGAGUCAGGGAAAGCUAAUGACUACCAUCACAUUCUACACUUAAUACACAGGUGUUACAUUCCUGGCGGCGAAGUAGAAGAAACCGGACAAAAUUCCAAAAAGCAUUGCGAAUUAAUGCUCUCUGCAUCGGACCUCCACUACGCAGGAGUCAAGUUCGUACCCACUACGGAUCUACACAAGGUCAAGUUCAUCAACAAAGGCAUAGGCUGUUGGCAGUGUCGUACCCUCGCGUUUCAAAUCCCGACCAUCUAUAUAAGCAAGACCACAGAGUCAUUCCUCAGAAACGUCAUUGCCUUGGAACAAUGUUCCCCCAGGGUUCCGCGGUACUUCACGUCCUAUGCGAAGCUCAUGGACAUGUUCAUUAACUCCGCCCAAGACGUCCAAGUGCUUAAAAAUGACAGAGUCAUAUAUAAUUACUUGAGCACGGACGAGGAUGUCCGUGAUCUAUUCAACAAGCUGUGCAAGGAAGUUGUACUGGAGGACUUCCAUUUCAACGAGGACUGCCGAGAGGCAUACAAGUUUAAUAUGCGUUGGCGGACGAGGGCUGUGAGAUACGUGACUCGCCUGUUCGUUGCUAAUCCCUGGCCGGCCCUUGCUUUCUGCAUUGGUAUUGCCGCUUUUGCGAUAACGGUUUAUCAAUUUGGUUAUGCGAUUCGGGCACGGUAUCGUCGAUGA